CCCUCUUAGGAAGAUCCGUUUUUUUCUUCAAUGAAUAGGAGGACGAGCUUAAUCAGUCAGUUAAAUUAAGUCAUUUAUAGAUAUUUCAUGUCACGUCACACAAACUGAAAUAUACGAGUUCUUUCAGCUUGUGAGGCAGCCAUGGAGAGAUUUCAAUGGCAUUGAAUAUAUUAAAUAGUUCAUCCUUUAGCACAAUUAAAUAUUACAUAUUAACGUUAGCUAGUUUAAAUCGUAACGAUAAACACAAUUAUGUUUAUAAACGAAAGUGAAACCCACAACUCCUUGGCCUUAAGAAGUGAAAGGGAAAAAUAAUGUGAGCAGAAUAUAGUUUAGUGGCUAACUUGUUGAACAUCGCCCUGACACAUAAGAAAAUAUCGUUGUCAGCCUUUGUUGUUGACCUGCGGGCGUGGCUUCAGUGACACUGGUAGAAGGGCGGAACUGUGGCCCCUGAGUUUAGUUUAAAGCAUCCUGCGUUGACCAAGAUGCUCAGCAGAAGUCAGAAGCUUCACCUCCAGCGCACUCAGAGUAUCAUCAACCUGUGCAGCUGCAGCCAGCAUGUCAAACUCGGACAGAGUUGUGUUAGCUCUGGGAGGAGCGGGGACAGUGGGCACUGGGAUAGUUAAAGGACUGCUGGAUAAAGGUUUCAAAGUCGCAGUGAUCUCCAGGGACAGCAGCCGGCUGGAGAGACUCCGAUCAUUUGUCUCUCCCAACACAAAGGAUCAGCUCACCACUAUAGUGGGGAAUGUGGGGUCAGAGGAGGGAGCGGAGCAGGCGAAACAGGCCCUGCUGAAGGCGGUGGGGAAGGUGACAGACAUUGUUUCCUCUCUGGGCUUCAGCUGGUGGCAGGGAGGACCUCCGCACACCCAGACUCUCAAAGACCUGCACUGGGUCAUUGAGACGUUACUUUUCAGCACGUUUGUGUCAUGGAAGGCCUUCUUCCCCUUGGUGAGGGAUGACUCCAGCUGCACCUACACCUUCAUCACAGGAGGAGCAGGGGAGAAGUUGCUGAUGCCUGGUACCGGCUUCCUGACCGUAGGAGCUGCCAGCACCCUGGCCUUCUGCCAGAUACUACGAGAGGAGUACCCUGAGCUGCCCUGCAAACUCAACCAGGUGAAGAUCAACACAGGUGUAGCCACUCCGGAGCGGAUGGCCCCUGGGUACCUGAACCACCUGGACCUGGGUGAGGCUGUUGCCACUCUGGUGGAAAGACGGAACACCUCUCACACUGUCUUUACCGUCAACUGCCCCGCAGACUUAAAAACUGUCCUUCUGGAGGGGAACCUUUAGACAUGGAAACUCUUUCUCCAGUGACACCGGGACACAUCUACACAUCUACUGCUCCUGCUCUUACUGAACUCUCCACAGUUGCAAUGUCUUUGGUUCAUUUGUUUUCUUCUCCCGCAACUUUGAACCCCACUCAUGCACACCUUUAUGUGAACUGUCUGUUACUGUACCUUCUGAUGCCUGUUCUCAUAUUGUUAGCAUCUGUUUUCUCUGCAUGUGUUGUUGUGUAAUUUGUCUGUAAAAGAAAAUGCACAGGAUUUAUAAUACCCACCUUCUUAUUGUUGUCUGCAUCUGUACAAAUAUGAGCUAACAGUUCUAUUAUGUCCUCUACAUCAUUGAAGGACAUACCUAAUAUAAUACUGCAAUUUCUCCAUGUAUCUGCUAAAUUUACUUGGUAUAAAAUGAAGGCCAAACUGUUGGACAGAGCAGGUGAAGAUAGAUGGCACAAGAAGGAGGGAUUUCUGACUAGAUAUAAAUUAGUUCCCCAUUCGUAUUUUAACAACUGAUCAAAAAGAGGAGGGUGUUUGGUUGUGAUUAUCUGAUUGUUUGUGUCUACAAUCCUGGAAUUAAAGGUACCCUGUAAAGUUUCUGACCACUGGUGGCACUAUGGAGUAAUGUUUUCAUGCUAUUCCACUGAAUGGCAGCAACUGCAAAAGCAACAAGAAAAAGACUACUAGCUAACAAACGUCGUAAAUAAUGCAGGUUUUUAAAACUUUGACAAAAAUCAACUUUGCAAAUGUUUAAUGAAGAAGGAAAUUAAAUUCAACACGUUUGAUAGAACUCAAGGGAAAACUGAAUGUAAAUGUAAAUGUGUUUACAAGACAACUCUAUAGGGUACCUUUAAUGUCUUGACAUAGAGGCUAAAAGUGCAACACAGUGAAAGAGUGUAGGCAAUACAAUUCUUACACUUAGACUUUGACUUACUGGGAAUGUACUGUAGCUGGUACGGACCAGGGGCAUGCAUCCUUAAAGGUAUCGAUCACCAUAAUAUAUUGAGGACUUCACAUUGUCAGCCCUGAGAUGACACAGACUUGAAAAGUCUUAAAAAGUUGAGGAUGUUAUGGACGUGACUUAUUCUUGACUUGAGAUGUUGCAGACCUGACAUGUUGGGGACAUUGAAAAGUUGGGGAAAUGAUGUAAGGUAAAUGCAAGAGUGGUGGAUUACUUCCAGAUCCUGUUACCCCUUAGGGGUUCAGUAGGCUUAAACUAAUUUGUACAACGUGUCAUCCGACCACUUGAGGCAAAAGCUGUUCCAAUUGCACACACUUGAAGGUCGGGAGAAAAUCCUGCCGUCCUUGCCUCCUCCAGGCUUCUUAACAGUGCCUCCCUAAUCUCUAAGAAAUCUGUCUUUUACAGGUCUUUAUAGUCUUGACGCAAUAGAGUUGUACAAUUGGGGAAAACUGCAUACACUCCCAUACAGUCUCUCCUUGAAGGCAUUCAUGGUGUUGCACUCGGUUGUAGACAUGAAAAGUGACAGAAGUACUUGCAUGACUAAUUUUUUUUUAAAAAUGCUUUGCUUUUGCAUUGUCACCUCUGCACACAUGACCAAUCACUGCAAUUGGGCAUGCUUGUCAAAUGGUUUUGCAAAGUUACAAAAAUUGUCAGAUGUAGCCCACCCCUGUUCCGAUAUCAGAGAGUUGCAGAGGGAGGGGAUUUCAGACAUUGUUCGAUGAUCUGACAAUCACUUUGUUUGAAGCAUACUAACCAUUUUCGGAUGGAGACCAGAGGCUUAUUGACUAAGCACGAUGAACACUACAUCUGAAACUACUCGAUCAUGGAUAGAAAGGUUACACAGCAUGACCCUGCCCAUUUCAGCCUCUUUGUAGAGCUUUGGUUGGGUAAAAUUAAAGCUUAAACUCGCAGCUUUUUGCAUUCAAAUACCAAUAAAGAUGCAGCAUGUUCUACACGA